UUAACCUUUGCGAACUUUUUCUAUUCGUGUACGACACACGAAUAUGGUUCUGAUAUGUCGGAAUUCAGUGACAUGAUGAACUUUGCUAAAUUUUUUUGUGCCGUUUUCCUGAUCCUCUUAAUUUCGGACAUGAGUGAAGGGAGACAUGUGAUAGAAGAACGCUCUCUUAUAUCUCAAGUAACCGCUCUGUCUAAGAUCACCACGGACCUUUCGAAAGGGGACUACGUAGCUUUUCUCAUCGACGUAAUCGCCAUAGUACAAGACUUGCGAGAAUGGCCCUGGCCAAUGAGAAUAGCUUUGCGGCUCAUUAAGAACCUCUUGCAAGUUUUACACCCCGUAUAUCUGUGGCUGUCGAGGGUGUUCGACUCCUUUGGCUCUUCUGGUGGCAGCGGGGGCAUGAUUGGCAACGUGGAAACGGGUAUAAAAAUGGGGGCCUCCACGUUGCAGCGGGCCCUGUCUUUAUUUCAAAAUUCAAACUUAACUAGGCAUUUUACAUAGUAUAUUUCCAGGUAAAUGAAAUGUUUCGGUUACGAAUGUUUAAGAUUUUAUCAAUAAAAUUUUGGAGCUUUUA